UCUCACUCUUUCAACCAUCUUCAUGACCUCCAUGAUGCAGGCACCUCAGCUAUCGUAUAUCAUGAUUCAUAGUCGAUAAAAUUCGCAACGUACACAGUCACUUGCUGAAUGGAAAUUUUGUGCUAACUUAUCAAGUGACCCAAAUGAAUUAUCGUGAGCUUUUUAACUGGAGUUGCCUUCGAAUAACAUCUGGGGAUAGCUUGAUGAAACUUAAGUUGCCAGGUAAUUAUGCUUGCUGGACCACCUGCAUCGUCGGGGUCUUUCGUCCCUCUGCGAACAAAGGUCGACUCUCAGUUGAGGUCGUUGACGUGCCCACUCCAGGACGUGGUGAAAACAUAGUACAGACUUUCCAGGAGUCAAGCGGCGCAGCUGUCAUCGUAAUUCAGCUCGGCGUAGGUAUCAAUGCGGUUAAACUGGGCAGCAAGGUGUAACUCAAGUGCCGUUCAGUUGAGGCAAGGUGCAUCGAAAGCUUGCGUGACCCCAUCAAUUUUCGGUGUAUUUGUUUUGCGUGUCUGAGUUGGAAGCAUAACAGAGACGUUCACUUUCUCCCGAAAAUGAAUAUUUUGUUUUCUUCCUUAGUUCAUUUGUAGGGGCAUCUUUGCCUUAAAACUACUCAAAAUUGAGGUCGAACAAUAGAGCGAGUUAUCAGUG